AAUCGGGUAAACACGGAGUCUGACUGUCAAAAUAUUAGUGAUUCCGUGUUUCAAACGCAUUUCGCUAUUUUGUUUCUCCAGGGAAUUCAAAGUUUAUCAUGGCAAAAUUUGUUCAAAAUACUGGAAAAUACAUCGCGGAGAAAGCCGAAGGAGACGACACAAACGAAAUCGGCUAUCGCCAGUCAAAGGAGAAUGACCAAAUUGACCUCAAGUAUGGAUUCGAUCGUGUCAAGGACACCAAGGAACGCACCGGCUAUCUCGUCAACAUGCAUUCGACCGAAAUUUUGAACCAGGACCGUCGUCUUCUCGCCGCACUCGAUCUCUACUUCCUGCAGAUGGAUGGCUCGCGCUACAAAAUGACCGUUGUUUAUUCCCCCUAUCUGCUGCUCAUAACGAAGGAGGGUACUUCAUUGGAAGUAGCAAAAUUUUUGUCUAAGAAAUACGCGGGUCAGCUGUUGAACGUUGAGCACAUCGAGCGGGAGGAUUUGGACCUGGCGAACCAUUUGAGUGGACUCAAGCGGAAUCUGCUGAAGUUGACCUUCGCCAACAUCUCGCACAUGAACAAGGUGAAGAGGGAUUUGGCGGCAGCCGUGCGUAAGAACAAGGAGCGCGAUAAAUCGAACACAUUCUACAUGCAGAUGUUGAGCAACUCGCUUGCCGUUAACUCCGAGCAGGGCAGUGUUCAGAAUGUGGAUUUUUACGAAAGCAUUAUGGAUAUGAGGGAGCACGAUGUGCCAUACCACGUGCGUGUUUCGAUUGAUUUGAAUAUUUUCUGCGGAUUAUGGUACACGAUGAGGGGGAGAAGUGCGGACGAGAUGCCGAUAAUUACCCCUCGACCGGAUAUUUUGGACCGGCCGGAGCCCGUUGUGCUGGCGUUCGAUAUCGAAACGACAAAACUGCCGCUCAAAUUUCCUGAUGCGCAGUCCGAUCAGAUUAUGAUGAUUUCGUACAUGAUCGAUGGGCAGGGUUAUCUCAUCACGAACAGGGAAAUCAUCAGCGCCGAUGUGGAGGAUUUUGAGUACACACCGAAGCCGGAGUUCGAGGGACAGUUUAUAGUGUUCAACGAGCCAAACGAGAGGGAAUUGAUUCAAAAGUUUUUCGACCACAUCCUACAGGUAAAACCGCACAUUUUUGUCACCUACAACGGGGAUUUCUUCGAUUGGCCAUUCGUGGAGGCGCGUGCAGCCGUUUAUGAGCUGGAUAUGAAGCGAGAAAUCGGUUUCUCGAAGGUGAAUGCACGGGACGGGAAUUAUUUGUGCCGUCCGGCGAUGCACAUGGACUGCUUGUGCUGGGUGAAACGUGAUUCGUAUUUGCCCGUUGGAUCUCAGGGUCUGAAAGCGGUGGCGAAGAGUAAGCUACGGUAUGACCCCGUCGAGCUGGAUCCGGAGGAAAUGUGCAGGAUGGCAGUUGAGCAGCCACAGGUUUUAUCCAACUACUCGGUAUCAGACGCGGUGGCCACCUACUACCUCUACAUGAAGUACGUUCAUCCGUUCAUCUUUGCGCUGGCCACGAUCAUCCCCAUGGAGCCGGAUGAGAUUCUUCGGAAGGGUUCAGGAACCCUGUGCGAAUCUCUGCUAAUGAAGGAAGCCUUUCACGUGUCCAUUGUCUUCCCGAACAAACAGACAUCCGAGCUGAACAAACUGACCCCCGACGGGCAUGUGUUGGACUCGGAGACAUACGUCGGCGGUCACGUGGAGGCUCUCGAAUCGGGGGUUUUCCGGGCGGAUAUUUCCACCCGCUUCCGGUUGGAUCAAGACAUGUUGAAGCAGCUGCAGGGGAACGUGGUGAAGGUGUUGGAACAUGCGAUCGUGGUCGAGGAGGGCGUCCCACUGGAUCUGGUUGUUAAUUUGGAGGAGGUGACCGAGCAGAUAAAGGCGGCGUUGCAGCAGCUGCACGAUACACCGUCGCGCAUUGAGCAACCGGUGAUUUAUCAUCUGGAUGUGGGAGCUAUGUAUCCGAACAUUAUUCUGACGAAUCGAUUGCAGCCGUCGUCGAUGAUCUCGGAGACGGACUGUGCCGCGUGCGAUUAUAACAAGCCGGAUGCCAUGUGCAAGCGUGAUAUGGAGUGGAUGUGGCGAGGGGAAAUGCUACCGGCGACGAGGAAUGAGUUCCAGCGUAUUCAGCAGCAGCUGGAGACGGAAAAGUUUCCACCGCUAUUUCCGGGUGGGCAACCGCGAGCCUUCCAUGAGCUGUCGAAAGAGGAUCAGGCGAACUACGAGAAGAAACGGCUGAGCGAUUACUGUCGGAAGGCUUACAAGAAAACUAAGAUAACCAAACUGGAGACGCGCACUUCCACGAUCUGCCAGAAGGAGAACAGCUUCUACGUUGACACGGUGCGGGCUUUUCGCGAUCGACGAUACGAGUAUAAGGCGUUGACGAAGGUGGCCAAAGCAGCAGUUGCGUCUGCUCUGAAAAGUGGAGACGCUGGAGAAAUUAAGUCCGCAAAGGGACGUGAGGUGUUGUACGAUUCACUGCAACUCGCGCACAAGUGCAUUCUGAAUUCGUUCUACGGUUAUGUGAUGCGGAAGGGUGCUCGUUGGCACAGCAUGUCUAUGGCAGGGAUUGUGUGUCUAACGGGGGCUAACAUCAUCAGGAAAGCGAGGGAGAUUAUUGAACGUGUCGGACGACCACUCGAGCUGGAUACGGAUGGAAUUUGGUGCAUCCUGCCGGCGUCUUUCCCGCAGGAGUUCACUGUGCACACCAAUCAUGCCAAAAAGAAGAAGCUAAACGUGUCCUAUCCGAAUGCGGUGCUGAAUACGAUGGUGAAGGAUUAUUUCACGAAUGAACAGUAUCACGUGCUGGAGAAACCGCAUGAGCCGGGGAAACCGGCCGAGUACUCGAUUAAGCCGGAGAAUUCGAUCUUUUUCGAGGUGGAUGGACCCUAUCUGGCAAUGGUUCUGCCGGCGGCGAAGGAGGAGGGCAAAAAAUUGAAGAAACGCUAUGCCGUGUUCAAUUUCGAUGGGUCACUUGCGGAACUGAAGGGUUUCGAGGUGAAACGGCGUGGUGAGUUGCAGUUGAUUAAGAUUUUCCAGAGCUCGGUGUUCGAAGCGUUUCUCCAGGGAUCGACGCUGGAGCAGUGCUACGCUUCGGUGGCCAAAAUUGCCGACUACUGGUUGGAUGUGUUGUACAGCAAGGGACACAAUAUGCCCGACAGUGAACUGUUUGAUCUGAUUUCGGAGAACAGGUCUAUGUCGAGGAAGUUGGAGGAAUACGGGGAGCAGAAGUCCACUUCGAUUUCGACCGCUAAGCGGUUGGCGGAGUUUCUGGGGGAUCAGAUGGUGAAAGACGCUGGAUUGGCGUGUAAGUUCAUCAUCUCGAGGAAACCGGAUGGUGCCCCGGUCACAGAGAGGGCGAUUCCUUUGGCUAUAUUCCAGUCGGAAGCGAGCGUGAGAAGACACUAUCUGAGGCGUUGGCUGAAGGAUAACACGAUGGGAGAUGCGGACAUUCGGGAUGUGCUGGAUUGGCAGUAUUACAUCGAGCGAUUGGGAGGGACUAUCCAAAAGAUCAUCACUAUCCCGGCAGCGUUGCAGGGGCUGAAUAAUCCGGUACCGAGGGUGCAACACCCGGAAUGGUUACAUAAGAAAAUGUUGGAGAAAAAUGACACGCUGAAGCAACGUAGAAUCAGCGAGAUGUUUGUUGCGAGAGAGAAACCCCCCAUGCGAGAUAUCGAGGACUUGGGAAGAGCUAGAUCACCCAGUGUUGGUCCAAACGUGCCCAUUGUGACCUCAAAACGAAGAAGAACGCCAUCAAAUGAAGAUCCGGUGGACGGCUCGACCGCUCCGGAGCCAAAAACGUGGAGAGAAGCCCUAGGGGCCCCUCCAGCGGUUGGACAGACGAAAGAAGAAUUGCUCGUGUGGUUAGCAUAUCACAGAAAAAAAUGGAAAUGGCAGCUGGCGCAACGGAACAAGUUCCGAGACCCGCAAGCAAAGCGCUCACGAAUGGAUGACGGCCAAGCGUUGGUCUCGACGGGUGCUACUCGUCCCGCGGCUACGAUAGGAGGCUUCCUCAGAAAGACUCAACGAUCGCUGAUUGAACAAACUUGGCAUGUGAUACAGAUCAUACCGACGGAUGAGUUGGGUCAUUUCAACAUUUGGGCCAUGGUUGGCGAAGAGCUACACAAAAUUAAACUAACCGUUCCCCGAAUCUUCUACGUCAAUCAGCGUACUCCGGCGCCUCCAGAGGAGGGUUCCAUGUGGAAGAAAGUCCAUCGAGUGCUUCCGAGAGCUAGACCGGUUUAUCAUCUUUACCAGUAUGUGGUCCCAGAGCAAGUUUUCCGGGAGAAUAGGUUGGGAAUGCUAGCCGACUUGGCAACGCCGGAUAUAGAAGGCAUUUACGAAACGCAGAUGUCGUUGGAAUUCCGCGCCCUAAUGGAGCUCGGUUGCUCCUGCGGAGUUCAACGGUCGGAAGCCAGAGCUCUUGCAGCACUUGCCACCAAAGAGCUGGACUCAUUCAACAUCCAACAGCUGGAAAUGAAAAGCUUCUCCGAAACCUCCCCGUAUCUUAACAAGGGCACCAACACGCGCAAAAUAUUUCUCUAUCAACACAACAACCCAACGGGAAAACACGAAAUGUGGGGCCUUUUCAUGGGUCCCAGCAAGAAAGCUCAAAUCACAGUUUUGGACACCAAACGAACCAAUCAACUGCCUUCGCUGAAAAGCCUCUACCUUUCAGAGCGUCAAACCAUGCUCGACAACCGAAAGGAAGAUUUCACCGAAGAAAACCUCCCCCCGGCAGAUAUGGUCUUUGAGGCCUCGAUUGAGAUUGAUUCGAAAUUCGUCUACCAACGUUUGACUCGAGCGUUAUCCUCCUACAGGGACGAAAAACGUGGCCCGACUAUUCUCUGCGUGCAAACCACGCUCGGCCAGCAAAAGCUCAACCAACUUCUGCCUAUUUGUCUGGAAUUCCCGCAAAUACAAAUCCACAUCGCCGAUAACGCCUCGCUGCUCUCUGGACUCGAGUGGCAGCGCAACGGAGCCCGAUCCAUGGUUCGUCAUUUCCUCAAUCUGAACCACGUGGUCUUGAUGAUGCUCGAUCAAUGCUGCUACUUCCAUUUACCCAUCGGAAACAUGCCCGCCGAUUCGGUGCUCUUCGGGGCGGAUCUGUUCUACGCUCGUCAACUCCAGAAGCACAAUUUCAUCCUGUGGUGGUCGGCAAACUCCCGACCCGAUUUGGGCGGUCGUGAAGCAGAUGACAAUCGACUGCUGGCCGAAUUCGAGGACAGCAUCUCGGUGGUCCAGAAUAUGGCGGGAUUUUACCAUGGCGUGUGCAUCGAGCUGAGCAUCGAUAGUCUGGCGGUUUCGGCCCUGCUGCAGGCGAGCAAGGUUCAGGAAAUGGAGGGAGCAUCCGCGGCGAUUACCUUCGAUGUGAUCCCGCAGGCUUCGCUGGACGACAUGAUUAGCAACAAGCCGGGCGCACAGUCGCUGCCCAGCUACGAUGAGACGGCACUCUGUUCACAGGCAUUCCGCGUGAUGCGUUCGAUGGUCAAUGGGUGGCUGCGGGAAGUGUCAAUCAACCGGAACAUAUACUCCGAUUUUCAGAUCAUACACUUCUAUCGAUGGGUGCGAUCAUCGAAGGCGCUGCUGUAUGAUCCCGCCCUGCGACGUGCGCUCAACACUCUCAUGAAGAAGCUGUUCCUCCAGAUUAUUGCAGAGUUUCAACGAAUGAAGGCGGAGAUUGUUUACGCCGAUUUUAAUCGGAUUGUGAUCAAUACCGGUAAGAAAACGAUCGUUGAUGGGCUUACGUACUCGGACUAUGUAGUGCAGAACAUUCGAAAUAAGGAGUUGUUCCACAGCGUUAUGAUAUCCUACCAACAGUCGUGGGAAUUUCUGCUGUGGAUAGAUCUGGCAAACUUUGGCGGCAUUCGAGGUGUUCUUCCGCGAGGCAUGGCGGAGAACGACCGGGAGGACGAUGAUGACGUGCCGCAGGCAGACGAAGAGGAGGUCUCGCUGGAAAUGAAUUGGAACAUUGGGGAAUGGUUGCCCGAGGAGAAGAAAUGUCGCGAGUAUUUCGUCCAGUUUUUGACAGUAUUCCUUGAGACACUUGCCGAUGGCACGACGCCACAGAAAGCUCUGAAAAAGUUUUCCAACCUGGCCUACGAAAUGGUGCAGAAGAUGCACAAGGGCUAUGGCAGAGGGAAGGAGGGACCGGCGUUGGAGUUCGUUAAAGCAUUAUGCAAAGUGAUGGCGGUCAACAGAGAAAUUGAUGAGGAACUAACAACUCUCCGACGAAAUAUGCUUCUCCUCAUAGGCAUUGGAGAUUUCAGCGAUAAAGCCAUCUGGAAGGAUCCCCAAAAAUCGUACAUUCUCAAUGAGGUGAUCUGCAAGGCGUGCAAUCACUGUCGUGAUUUGGACCUCUGCAAGGAUAAUCACCGUGCCCUGAAGGACGGUCGACCGGUGUGGCUGUGCGAGAACUGUUACGUGGAUUACGAUAUGGUGGACGUUGAAAUGCGCCUGCUGGACGUUGCCCAGCAGAAAAUGAUGUCCUAUACGCUUCAGGAUUUGCGCUGCGAACGAUGCAAACAGAUCAAGAGGGAGAAUCUGUCCCAAUUUUGCCCGUGCGCUGGAAACUUCAAGAAUUUGAUCCCUGCGGCGGAGUUAAAGCGGUUGCUGGCGACGUUCGUUUCCGUGGCCCAGGAGUACAAAAUGGAACUGCUGCAGGAAACGGUCGAGCACAUGCUAAACACAGGCUAAUACACCCUAGUUCUGGAUCAAUUUUUACGUUUUAUUGCGCUUCGAAUUUCUUUCAAAACAAACUCACAAAGUGGUAACUAUAUACGAAUUUUAUCAUCCUG